AACUGAGUUGCGCGCACUUUGCCGACCGUUAGUCUUGGCUGUUGGAAAACUUUGCUCGGUUAGUCGAUUGCGAACGCGCAGCUAAGCGGGUUGUUUGGAGUAAAUUAGUUAAACCGUUCGUUAGUUAGUUAGUGAAUUAGAAGUAAGCGCAAACAUACGCAUAUUGUACAACGAUAAAAGCCGUUGCUAUCGGCUCAAACGUGCGAUCGAUUAAUUUAACGAAAACAAAAGUUUGAAAUAGUUUGUAAUUCCAAAAAAUUAUUUAAAAUAAAAAAUAUUUAUUGCUAAAAAUGGUGCUUAAGAGCCACUCACACAUAUUAGUGCUUUCGCUGGUGUUUUUAACGCUGUUUCACCAAUUGGUGGCAUAUAAUUUGUCACCGAAGCCGAAUAUGAUUGUUAAUGAUCCACAAUUCGCCACCGGCAUGCCAAAAGUCGAGUCUUCUUACUUUGGUUUUACGAUCAACUUGCGGCCGUUGGGCAUAAUUGUGGGUGCACCACGUGCUCAGUCCACACUACCAGCGCAGCGAAAUGUCAAUGAAACUGGUGCCAUAUAUCGGUGUACUCUGUCGCCGACUUCCACAUGUAAUCCAUAUGUUAUAGAUGACAAAGGUAAUCGCACACUCGAGAGGACCGACUCGUACACUUACGAUAAUGAGGCGCGUGACUUUCAGUGGCUAGGCGGUGCCAUGGACGGCGGCACAAAGGAUACCGAUAAACUGCUCAUAUGUGCACCACGUUUUCUGGCGCCCACCGCUAGUGAUUACUUAAUGAAUGGCGUGUGUUACUGGGUCGCCGAUACGCUCAACGAUAAUCCUAAAGAUGUGCAAAGGAUUUCACCUUUAAGACUCAAGGAACUGCAAAUGAAAACCGUUAAUAAUCACCGAACUUUUUUUUAUAUGCUUGCCGAGGAGGGUUUGAGUGCGCAUGUUACAGAUAAUAAUGAGGAGUUUGUCAUUGGUGCGCCAGGCAUAAAUACGUGGCGUGGAUCGACGAUACAUUGCCGCAAGCGAUUCGAGGAAGAUCCCACGCUGAGUCGACGUGAUACGAGCAGUCAGUCUAGAAAGCGUGUGACAAGAGAUCUUGAAUUUUCCGGCCAAUAUACAUUGGACACUGAAGAAUUACAAAAUGAUUCAUACUUCGGUUAUGCUGUUGGUUCGGGUUACUUCGAUAGCAACAACAAGAAUCAGCUAUUGUAUGUAGCUUCGGCGCCACAAGCCAACCUGCAGUCAGGCGAGGCCUAUUUGUAUAAAUACUCGGAAGACAGUCUGCUCAAAUUGAAGCGUAUCUAUGUGUUCCGUGGUGAGAAGUUUGGUGAAUAUUUCGGUUACUCACUGAUCACUGAAGAUCUUAACGGUGAUGGGCUCACCGAUGUCGUUAUCUCAGCACCACAAUACUCCGUAGCGGGUUAUUUCGAUAAUGGUGCCAUCUAUGUUUUUCUCAACAAGGGAAAUUUUAAUUUCGAAAGAAAAGUAAUCGUAUCGCCGAUGCAAGGCAAGGCACGUUUCGGUACGACCCUCAGCCGCUUGGGUGAUAUCAAUCAUGAUGGCUUCAAUGAUAUCGCAGUUGGCGCACCAUUUGCCGGUAAUGGCGCUGUCUUUGUCUACCUCGGCAGCACGAACGGUUUACGGGAAGAGCAUAGCCAACGUCUGGAUGCGCCAGAGUCGGUGAGCAGCAAAUAUGGUGAGCACAUGUUUGGUCAUGGGCUCUCCAGGGGUGUCGAUAUCGAUCGCAAUGGCUUCAAUGACUUUGCCAUCGGUGCACCGAAUGCCGAAGCGGUUUUCGUCUAUCGUGCCUAUCCAGUUGUUAAGAUACACGCUGUUGUCAAGUCGGCAACACGUGAAAUCAAAACCGAUCAAAAUUCAUUCAAAAUCACUGCCUGCUAUAAAAUCAGCACCACGUCUACACAAUUAACCGGUCAGGAUUUGGCGGUACGCAUUGUCGUGGAUUCACAGGUUAAGCGCGCUAAAUUCAUACAGACACGCACGAAUGAGAUCAGUUUUAAUGUAUCGGCGGGACUGCAGGAACAAUGUCGCACGUUCGAUUGUGAAGUAUACACAAAUGUGGCGGAUAUAUUCAAGCCGAUCGAAUUGGAGAUGCAUUACGAUCUCAUUAAUGGUGUGCCGAAAACGGAAGUUUUCUGCGAUAAAUGUGCCGCCGUUGAUCCCGCAGAACCGACCAUAUAUAGAGAGAAAAUUAUCUUCAGCACUGGCUGCAGUUCCGACAUUUGUGUAGCUGACCUAGAAGUUAAAAGUCGAGACUUGAAUCACACAUAUAUACUUGGCAGCAGUCGUACGCUAUCCGUCACCUAUGACAUAACGAAUCACGGUGAGACCGCUUAUCUACCUCAAAUCAGUCUCACUUCAUCGAACCACAUGCCAUUCGCCAAGAUACCAGGAACCUGUCGUCCUAAAGAAACUGAUUAUUUAGAAUGUGACUUAAAAAGUAAUGAUGUGUCGAUGGCAAAAGGCGCCACCACUUCAUUUACCGUUACUUUCGAUGUUUCGAGUAUAACGGGUAAAGCAAUGAUAUUGACUGCUAAAGUUUUCAGUACCGGAAAAGAGGCGAAUGAAGCCAAUAAUGUCGCGACCGAUGUCAUAACACUGGGAGAAUUCACGGAAAUCGAUGUUGUUGGUAUACCCAAAACAAAGCACAUCAAUCUGGAAGAAGUGAGCAAUUCCUCGCAAAUAAUCAAUAACUAUGAGAUAAAAAGUAUGGGACCCAGCACGGUUGGUACUAUAGAUGUGGUAUUUUAUAUACCGGUAGCAUACAAAGUACCCGGUACUACGAACACCAUACAAAUCGUGGAAAAGGAUAGAAUAAAUAUGCAGGCCGUAAGUGAUGCACAAGUCGUUGCCAUCGAUUAUUUUGAAAAUAAUACACAGCUUAUGAUGAAUGCGAUCGAAAUCACGUCGAGCACACACAGCACGACCAGUAUCAACUCAAACAUACAAAUAUACAAAGAGAAACAGUUUAGUUCAAGUUACGAAUCGAUGGGCCUCUAUGAUUUGCCAGUCGAAAGCGAGAAUUACUAUAUCGAUGACAGCUCGCAAAUGUCCAUACGACGAAAACGGGAAGUUGCUGCCAACACGGCCACCAAAGCGCAGUACGAGCGCAUCGUCAAGGCGCACGAGCUGUUGGGUGAGGAUCUCAAGGGUAAAUUGCCCGUGAAUCGUACGAUAGUCUUCAACUGCCAUGACCCGGAGAUGACAGUUUGUGUGCGCGCCAUUAUGCGUUUGUAUAAUUUCAAGCCGGAAAAGCCGCUCACUGUCAGUAUGAAAUAUCAAGUCGAUCUGAGAGAGAUCAAUCAAAUUCUGAUUGAACCAUGGGAAUAUUUUGUUAUACUUAUCGAUGUGGAUGUGAAAAAAAUCGGCGACUUGCAUAAAAAUACUUUGGCGAUACGUAAGAGCAUAGAUUAUAAUAUUGUGUCGAAACAUCAGCUCUAUGGCACACCAAUCUGGGUCUAUAUAUUGGCUGUAUUGGGUGGACUGUUGCUAUUGGCGGCAAUCACAUACGCCAUGUAUAAGCUCGGUUUCUUCAAGCGCGCCAAGAAAGAACAAAUGGAUGCAUUGGUGCAUCAAGGCUCAACGCAACCGGCACAAGAUGUAGAGCCAGAAGCCGAAAAUCUUAACACCGAAAGGAAUUAAAUGUGGAAGAGUAAUAAAAAUAUAUUUUUUAUAUAUAUUUUGUUAAUUUUUAAAGCAAUUAUUUUGGCUGAACGGCUUUAUCAUCACACAAAAAAUGUGCGCUUGGUUUAACUGAAAAUAACGAGUUCAUUAGUUCAUCAUUUUCUUACUUUUCUAAAAAGCAGGAAAUGUUAAAUUAUCUGCAACUCUUACUGUUUUUAUUUAUAUUUUUAUUUUUUUAAGUUAUUCUUUUUUUUAAAUUUUACUUCUUAAAAACUGAAAUCACACGAUUUAAAAGAGAAACACACACGAAACCAAAUGUACCAAUCGAUUUAAGCGUUGCAUUCUAUUUAUAUAUUUAUAUUUUGAUUGUAUUGUAAAUUGUAUAGACUUUAGUUAGGCGCUUUUUAUAAAAAGGAUAGCAUGUAAAUUAAAAUAAAUAUGACAGAGCAGAACAAUAAUUAGUUUAGGCUUAGUAGCUGCCAUGUGUACAUAUAAGUAUGUAGUUAUGUUAAGUUGCUACUUAAAGGGUGUUGCCGAUCAAUUUAAGAGGUGCAGAAUUUAGAAAAAAAAAAUUUUUUUAAACACAGUAAAUGUGAAAAAUAUUAUAUAUUACUUUGAAAGUUGAAUAAAUUUUUAUACUUUCUUCUAAAUCCAUUUAUUGGUGGCACCCUGUGUACAUAUGUAUGUAUUGAAUAAAAUAAUAUAAAUUACAUACUAAUACUUUAUAGAGGUAUGUAUUUCAGUAUGUUCUCUAUAAAAUUGAAAUUUCCAUAUUCAUAUGUAUGUAUAUGGAAUGCAAUAUCCUUUUGUGAAAAAAAGACUUUUUGUUAAUAGAGUGCAUUUAAGAUAAGUUGAAAUGAAAUAUUUCUGUAAAAAUAAUAAUAAUUGCCAAUAGUUGUCGUCUCCUUUAAGCAUUAGCUAAGUUAAUGUAGGUAUAUGCUAUAUACUUACAAUUGAGUGAUCUUCAGGAAACUUUGCAGUCACUAAAUAACAGAACUAUUUAUAUAAGUCAAGUAUUAUAAUAGUGAAAUAGUGUUUUUAUGAAAGUGAUUACCUUUAGUUUUAAGUAUCUUGAAAAUUUUAUCGUAUUUUUUACAAAUAAAAUACAAAUU